AUGAGGGAAUUUGAGAUUUCGUGUCAGUUAAAGAGACUAACUGGAUCAAAUAUUGCUGCAAUCUGGGAGGGAAUCAGAAAAUGCAUUUUUGUGCUACUCAAGCAGGUUGCUAACAUCUUUCCACAACUCAUAAUGACUAUUGAGAAACAUUCUUUUAGUGGUAAAGCUGAUACUGGAGGCAAGAAAGCAAACGUUGUAGGCAUGAAUACUAGUGUUGUCCCAAAAAUUGAUGUUGAGUUUUGGAGAGAGCACAAAAGGGAUUUAAUUUGGAAUGCUAGAGCUUUGGGAAGAUCAAGAAUUGCUUGUGAUAGGGCUAAGAGAACUUUACGUUCUACUGCUCAAACCACUACUGAAGUGGAUUCCUUGUUUAAGGGAAUAGAAUUUUAUGCUAUUAUUACUCGAUCGAUUUGA